AUGAGCAUGUUACAUAUUACAGACAGGAGCGUGUUACCUCAUAUUUAUACCCCUGUGAAACAGGAAGUCAUGGUUGAACAAUUUCCUGUUCCUAGUCACCCAGGUGUACUAAAAAAAUGUCAAAUAUCGAUGGGAAUAUACUUAAAAUAUAUUUUCUCAUAUGAAUUCAUAGGGGUGCCAAUAAUUGUUGCAGGCCUAUAUUUAACAAAGAUAUUUUUGGAGAACCCGUGUUGUGUUUGCAAUUGUUUGAUAUCCAUGAGAGCAGAGUGUUUUUGUGAAUUUUUUUUAAACAAAAUAUCAAAAGGUUAAACAAUACAAACAAUUUUUCACAGCCUUCUUUACCAAAGGUGCCAAUAUUAGUGGAGGGCGCUGUAUAGUGCGUCGCUAAAACCAAGCUCUUUAAACGCACUUGCUGAUGUCACAUUGUGUUUUGCGCUCCAUGCUGAGUGACUAUGAAGGAUGUGUGCGGUCCCUUAAGACCGAUAGCGGUCUACAUAAUUCAUACCGAGGGGAGUGACUUGUUGCCCGUGCUUCUUCUCCCCCCUGCCUGUAUAAAACCUGAAGUUCACAGCAAAUCACACUUACAGAUGGAGAGACCUCGCCGCUCAGCCGGGUUCUACGCUCGAGUCAAACCCGACGCGACAUCCCGUUCCUCCCCGGUUCUGCCCUGCUACAUUUAGCGGUUUGUGACGACUUUCUGAGGGCACAGCAUUUCCCCUCAAAAAGGCGCUCUUAUACCGAUCACCGUUCCAUCGUCGCCCACUCACCCCCGUGCACGUUAACAUGAAGCCCUUAUUCCGCUCUGUCCGGCUCGGCUCUAUGGCGGCUCCGCGUGCGCUCUGGCUGACGGCGCUGUUUGCGGCUCUUGCCCGCACGGUGCAUGCUGCGGGGCCCGUGGUGCGCUGUGAGCCGUGUGACGCCGAUGCGCUCGGCCAGUGCAAGCCGCUGCCACGUGACUGCGCCGAGCGGGUGCGCGAGCCGGGCUGCGGCUGCUGUCUGACGUGUGCGCUGAGUGAGGGCCAGGCGUGCGGCGUGUACACGGGACGCUGCGGCGCCGGACUGCGGUGUCAACACCGGCCCGGUGAGAGCAAACCGCUGCAGGCGCUGCUGGAGGGAAGGGGUGUGUGCUCCAGAGCCACGGACAGAAAGCUGAGAGUCGAGGAACCUGUAGAGGAACAUCUGCCUACCACUACCAUUGCAACAGUCAGCAAGGGCACUGAGGUGGUGCAGGAUACAGCAACAGGUUCGGGGGUUGAAGAGGGUAUGCAGAGAACAGAGCUGGACACUAAAAAGUCUCUGCUGCACACUAAGCUUAGCAUGAUCCAGAUGGCAAAGUUUAAGCAAGGACAGAUCUACAAAGUGGAGCCAGUGGCCAAGGGAGUCCACCCUGAUAUCCACAAUUUCAGCCUGGAAUCCAAAAGAGAGACCGAGUAUGGCCCGUGUCGCAUAGAGAUGGAAAGCGUUUUGAAGAGUCUUAGGAUAUCCAGCGUGAUAAACUUUCGAGUUUUUCGCAUUCCAAACUGUGACAGGAAGGGCUUCUACAAGAAGAAACAGUGUCGUCCAUCCAAAGGCCAUAAACGUGGUCAGUGUUGGUGUGUGGACAAGUAUGGACAGCCUCUGCCAGGCUACGAGGGCAAAGAACAAAGCCAAGUCCACUGUUAUAACCAGGAAAAUAAAUGAGAAACACAGGAGAGACUGAAGGAAAAUGGGAGAGGGCAGACGAUCCCCUCUGAAUGGUAUGAAUCCACAGUGAAAAGGGGGAAAGGGAGAUUUUUAAAGGCGGUGCCCUAUUUCUGAGCACCCCACCUAUGCACCGGAGCAGGGACUCAUCAGGUCACUUUCACACAUCAGGGGAGUAGAGAAAGGGGGCAGGGAGAUAGGGAGGGGAAGAUCUGUGCUAAUCUAUUUUUAUUAUAGCCCAAUGAAAGCACCAUUUGGAUUACACUAACAAAAGAAAUGUCUAAAUUACCCUUUGGGCUUCAUUACCUUUUGGUUAUGUGUGACAGCUUCUUAAGUAUAUGGGUUUGACUGAAAGUAUGUAGUUGGCCCUUUCUCUUUUCUGGUGAAAUGAAGCACCUUGAGUAAAUCACUGCCAUGACUAUCACUGUCUCUCUCGUAGCGUCGCGUCCUGUCUCUGCCUUUCUGGUGUAGGACUGUUCGAAAUGGGCAUGCUCAGUAGUGUUGGCCUGCUCUUGCCAUUGGCUCCAUCUGAAGCACAAGCACUUGAUGCACUUUGGUCCCUCACUGAACAACUACCCCAGUCUAUUACAUUGGCCAUUUCUUGCAACACGCAUUAUGAAAGUGUUUAAAUUUAUGAUAUUCUAGGACCUAUUACGCACACUGAAUGGUUUUUUUUUUCAAAAAGUCAUUUCAAUGUGUGUGUGUGUUUUUUUUUCUUUUUCAUUGUAGUUAUUUUCUUUUAUUCACUGUAUAUGCUUGUGUGAUCACUUGCUGAUUUAUGCCCAGGUUAACCAUGUAGGAGAAUAACUACAUGACUUUCUGAUACCUGUUUUCCUACCAGCUUUUUUGUUCAACUGUCAGGAAGAGAGAGUAACUGAUCUAUCAAAGCUACAGCAUGCAGCAUGCUUCCAAGUGGAUUCCAAAUGUAUAUAAUACGCAACAUAUAUUUAAUGCACUAAAAUACACCACAGAGCACUUGACAUGAUAUUGCUCCCAGUGCUGAAAAUGUCAGUCGGUAUCUUUGACAUCUUGUGCAUUUCAUGAUCUAAUUGCCCAAAUUGCACGAUAAUUGUCCUUCUGUGAGUUUUCAGUGACUAUGUAAGAAAAUGCAACACCAUCUAGCAUUACUACUGCAUACCUUUUGUAUGCACUCCAAAGUUUGAUAAUGAUCACUGGCAGUUACUUUCCUACUUCAGAUCACUGCCUUAACCAUGUCAGGGCUGAAAUUUGAUAAAUAAUGAUUAGUACUUAGUGCUCUGUCUCUGAAUGCUGUCCAGUUACUUCACCCAAACGAAAAGCUUACAGAUUAGCUCAGUAACCCUAUUGGAUAGCUUGUCUUUAUAUAAUUUAGUAUGGAUGUUGGGAUAUUUUUUUCCUUUGUCUGACCUCCUGAGAAAUGACUUGAAUAUGGAGGGUGCCGGAGAGGUAUCCCCACUCCCAGUAGCUCAGUAGCACAGAAUCAGCCAAAAGCUUGACCCCUCAACACCCUCCCAAAAACUACAAAAAAAAAAAAAAACAACAUACAAAAUGUGCAAAAUAUAUGUUUUUAAUUACUUAAAGACUUAAGACAUGUUGGUGCUACACCUUUUUUUAUUUUUACAACUAGAUUUUGGGUGAAGAGUAUAACAAAGUACAAAAAUUGUUGUCCCUGCUUAAACCUUGUGUCAUUUCUAUAUACUGUAGAUACGUAUGUGUGUGUGAUUUUUUUUUUCUGGCCAGCUUUGUGUCUGAAAAGGCAUGUGAACCUUAAAAUAUUGAAGUUAUUUAUCUAAGAAAGGCGUAUAAGCUCAUCCUUUUCUCUCUUUUUUUGAGGAUUAAGUGACUCACUGAUUGCACAACAGGUAAUAGAUAGAACUCAACAUGUUUUGGGAAUAUAAUCACUAAUGAGUUUUUAGAUAUUAUAUCAACAGUGCAUUGUACAAAAUGAAAAGAGAUGGUUCUGUCCUCAGUCUAAUAUGAGACGUCUUCGGGUUUCUUGGGAAACCUAGUUUUCUCUUAAGAUAAAUGGCUAGAUAUAAGCUAAAUUUUGAAGAUAGCCAUUUGUUUUAGUAAGGUUUAAGCUAUGUAUUUACUUAUUUGCUUAAAAUGAAGCUAAAACAACAUGAAUGUUAAAGUUAAGCUCAGUACCACUCCUAACCUUUCUGGGGCCCAAAGCAGAAUUCUGCUUACUCAUUAUAUAAUAAAAGCUAUUUUUACACCAUUGCCACACCUCUUCUUUAUUUGAAUCUUCUGUGAUGUAGCUUUUUGUAAAUCAACUUGACUAUGACUAUUACCUUAUCUGGCUCCUGUAUCUAUAAUCUGGUUUUCUAACUAGGAAACAGCAAUUCAUAUGAAUGAUAAAAACCUAAUGAAUAUGGAUAAUAGUAGAAAUAAAACAACAUUAUAAUUCAUUAGACAUAUACGAACACUACGCUAAAUAAUAAUUAACGAUUUUGUUAUUAGCAUGACAGGCCCCUAGGGGUGGUGAGGGGGGAACAGCAUGACUUGAAAAGUAGGCAUGUAGGAAGGACCAGCACUGGUUAAGGUAAUGCUAAGCUAAGUUUUAAAAGCUCCAUCUUGGCGUAUAUUAAAGCUAAUGAAAAGUUGAGUUAAGAAAAAAAAAAAAAAAGAACUUGCCGUUCCUCAUUCUGUUGUGCAAUGUUAGGGCCACUUAUCACUUUUAAGGAUCUCUCCAUUCACGGGUAAUUGUACUUUUUUUUAUUAUCAUUUGAAAGAAUUUUGAUUCAUUAAAAAGCUUUUCAUGUUACUAAAAUAAAUAUUACACAGCUAUGCCUUUCUUUAAGAAAGGAAAAUGGUUUUGUUCAUAUAUGAUUUGUAUUUAAUGUAUUUUUAAAAAAUUAAAAAUAAACACUAUUUUAAUUUAUAUAUGACUUCAGGUCUCUGUUUGAAUGGAUGCAAUCAUGCCAGCAACAUUACUGUUUAUUUAAAAUGCUCUUUCAUUGUCAUUGCUCAAUAAAAUUCACACUCAUAAAUAGAUGGGCUAUGUGUAGACUUGUCAGUUAUUUUAGAUGCAGUCCCCUCUGAAAGUAGUGGAACAGUAUAAGGCCAAUUUAAUUUAUUUUCACUGUAUGUCAAAGACAUUUGGGUUUGCAAUCAAAGGAUGAAUGUGAGAUGAUAGAUCAAAAUUUCAGCUUUCAUUUCCUCAUAUUUACAUCUAGAUGUGUUAAACAACAUAGAACAUGAUGGCACCUUUGUUUGAACCCAACCCAUUUUUUCAAGUGACCAAAAAUACUGCACUGAUAGGUGUUACUUUCUGCUCAGGUG